AUGGGUCGUCUUCACUCCAAGGGAAAGGGUAUCGCCUCCUCGGCCAUUCCUUACUCCAGAACUCCCCCAGCAUGGCUCAAGACCACCCCCGAUCAGGUCACUGACCAGAUCUGCAAGCUCGCCAAAAAGGGUGCCACCCCCAGUCAGAUCGGUGUUGUCCUCCGUGACAGCCACGGUAUUGCCCAGGUCCGCAACGUCACUGGUAACAAGAUCCUCCGUAUCUUGAAGUCCAACGGCCUCGCUCCUGAGAUCCCUGAGGAUCUUUACUUCCUCAUCAAGAAGGCUGUCUCCGUCCGCAAGCACCUUGAGCGCAACCGCAAGGACAAGGAUGGCAAGUUCCGUCUCAUUCUCAUCGAGUCCCGUAUCCACCGUCUCUCUCGUUACUACAAGACCGUCGGUGUCCUCCCUCCCACCUGGAGAUACGAGAGCGCCACCGCCAGCACCUUGGUUGCUUAG